UGUGUCCAGUAGGCGGCAGUAACGCGCCUCUCGCUGCUAAUCCUGCGUCAGACUCGAGCAGAAGAAGGAAGUGACAUUUUCAAGUGUCCUUGUGCUGCUGCGGCUUCCUGAAUAUUGCGGUCUGAAGGAGAAAUUAUCACCAUGUUUAGGCACUUAAGGACCCUGCAGCAGAUCUCCAGAAGGACCCUGUCCAGUACUGCACCCAGACAGCUGGAGAAUAAAGUCCCUCACAAGCAGAAGGUGUUUCAGGAAGACAAUGGCAUGCCAGUUCAUUUGAAGGGAGGCACUAUGGAUGCUCUGUUGUACAGGGCAACGAUGGCUCUUACGGUUUUUGGGAGCGGUUAUGUGCUGUAUUCACUGAUCGAUGCAGCGCUGCCCAAGAAGGCGGAUUGAACAUGCCCCUCUAUUCAUGUGUCUGAGUUGUGAAGAUCUCUAAUCCUCAGAAUUAUAUGUCCUGUCAGUUAUUUUCAUUACAUUGGAUUAAUAUUUAUUGAUUGUACUGUAAAGUGCAAUCAUUAUGUAAUAAAACGUUCCACUGGCAA